GGCUGACAGCCCUCUCUUCUGCUUUCUCUUCCAGCCGCUGCUGGCAGCCCCAGGCCGGCGUCCGGGCCCCGGAUGUUAGGAGCCACAGCUGCCCCCUUGGUCGCCUGAAGCCCUCUCUUCCUCCUGCCUUCGCUCAGAGACCUUCGACCUGGCCCACACCUGCCUGUCCAGCCCGCAGAACCCUGGCGCCUCCCCCAGCCCGGCAAGGAUGAGCAGCCAGGCCGCUGCCCCGGGUGCCCUGUGGAUUCUCAGUCCGCUGCUGCUGCUGCUGCUGCUGCUGCUGGGGAGCCAGCCAAGUGCGGCCUCGGGGGCGGACGUGGGUCCCGGGGCCGGGCCGCGCCCCGUGCUGGUGCCGGGCACGUUCUUCAGGUACUUCUUGGCGGCUGCCGGGUUCCCCACCAGUGCCUCGCGGUGCUCCUGGACCCUGUGCAACCUGGACCCGCACCACCACGCGCGCUAUGUGAAGGUGGGAGAGGCAGCCCUGCCUGCAGCAGCCCGGCCCACGUCCGCAUCUGCUAGCUGGACUUCUUCCUGUAACCCGCGCGCACCUCCCUGGGCCUGGAGAGCUUUGACGAGGUGCCGAGGCUCUGCGACCCCUCGGGGCCCUUGGGCCUCCUGCAGGCCAGCAAGCAGUUCCUGCAGAUGGAGGGGCAGCAGCCGCCCCAGGACGAUGACCCAGGGCCCCAGGGCGGGGCCCUCCCACCCCAGCGACUACUUCUCCGUGGAGCACCUGGUCAUGGGCAACUGCAACCCCAGCGACAUGCCCGGUGGCCCUGAGAGCUGCCUCACCAGCCUGACCCGGGACCAGGGCCGGGAUGCGCUCCAGCCAAGCUGCUGGCAGGCCCAGGGGGGCAAGCGGAAGGGUGUCCAGCUCACUGUCAGAGGCGGCCAGCCCGAUUUCUCCCAUGUUGGCUGA